CGCACACACGGGACAAGGAAGGGAUCACGGGAGAGCUGGCCUGUUACACUUGCUCGUUGCUACCCACCUGCCGUUUGCCCGUGCUCUCAAGUCUCAACAUACCACCUCUUGCACCUAGGUAGUUAUGGACUCUGCGGCGGCACCUCUUCUUCCUCCUCCCCGGGCCAUGAAGCCCACGGCGGUCCUCCUGCCAUUGCUGCUGCUCGCCGCCUCGCUCGCUCCACAUGCUUCCUCUGCUGACGGGGUGCGCUACGACUACAAAGCCUACACUGAAUGCAAAGGCCACCCUGAGCCUGCACUGUACAACGGCGGCAUCCUCCGGUGGGCCAAGAAAAUCAAGGACUUCAGGACGGCCGACGAAGGCAACUACUCGCCGUCCUUCGUGCUCUACAACAUGUCCGCCGGCAUGGCCUACAGCUUCUCAUGCUGGGUGAAAUUCAAUGGGCCAGGAACUAUCCACGUGAAGGCCAAGAUCAUGUCACUGGACAACGCUGGAUCACAGUGCCUGGGCACGGCUCUGGUGCGGAACGACUGCUGGUCCUUCCUCAAGGGCGGCUUCACCCUCAACUCGCCGUCACAGACGUCUGUCCUCUAUUUCCAGGCAGCAACCGCGAAUGCGUCCAUGGUCUCGAUCAGAAGCGCCUCGCUGCAGCCGUUCUCGCCCGAGCAAUGGAGCCAGCACCGGGAGGACCGCAUCCAGCUGAUCCGGAAACGCUUCGUGAACGUGCACGUGUCGGACAGCAGCGGCGCCCGCGUCGUCGGCGCCAAGGUCGCCGUGCACCAGAUGAGCAGGGACUUCCCCUUCGGCUCCGCCAUCAGCAAGACCAUACUCGGCAACAAGCCAUAUCAGGACUGGUUCAAGAAGAGGUUCAACGCGGCGGUGUUCGAGAACGAGCUCAAGUGGUACGCUACGGAGCCGGCGCCGGGGAAGGAGGACUACGCGCUCGCCGACCAGCUGCUGCAGUUCGUGCAGUCCAGCGACGCGGUGGCGCGGGGGCACAACAUCUUCUGGGAGGACCCCAAGUACACCCCAUGGUGGGUCAAGAACCUCACCUCCGCCGACCAGCUCCGCGCCGCCGUGGCCGGCCGCAUCGAGAGCCUCCUCUCCCGCUACAAGGGCGACUUCGUGCACUGGGACGUGAGCAACGAGAUGCUCCACUUCGACUUCUACGAGUCCCGCCUCGGCCGCAACGCCACCACCGACUUCUUCCGCACCGCCAAGCGCGCCGACCCGCUCGCCACCCUCUUCCUCAACGACUUCAACGUCGUCGAGGUCUGCGACGACCUCAGCUCCAGCGCCGACUCCUACGUCUCCCGCCUCCGCCAGCUCGCCGACGCCGGCGUCACCUUCGAGGGCAUCGGCCUCGAGGCGCACUUCGCGAAGCCAAACAUCCCCUACGUCCGCGCCGUGCUCGACAAGCUCGGCACCCUCCGCCUCCCCAUCUGGCUCACCGAGGUCGACAUCAGCAACGCCCUCGACCCCAAGACGCAGGCGGCGUACCUGGAGGAGGUGCUGCGGGAGGGGUUCGCGCACCCGUCCGUGGACGGGAUCAUGCUUUGGACCGCCAUGGACGCCAGCGCCGCCUGCUACCAGAUGUGCCUCACCGACGGCAACUUCACCAACCUGCCCGCCGGGGACGUGGUCGAUCGGCUGCUCGGGGAGUGGCAGACCAGGGAGGUGCUCGGCGCCACCAACGACCGCGGCUCGUUCAACUUCAGCGCCUUCCUCGGGGAGUACAAGCUGUCCGUCACCUACCUCAACUCCUCCGCCGAGGGCACCUUCUCGCUCGCCCGCAGCGACGACACCAAGCACAUCACCAUCCGUCUCCAGCCAUGAUCCAUAUCAUGCAUGUAUACGUACUGAUCGAGCUUUUGUAUUUACUAGAACUUGAGAUGGAUUUGUAGCAGGUCAGAUGCCACGCAUAUUUAUUCAAUUGUGUUGACAUAUAAAUACACAGCCCAUCUUUCUCCA